CAUACAACGAGUAGGUUGGUCAAAAAUCACGUGGGUCACAUUUCCGUGUUGUUACGUUGGAUUCAAGAAUGAAAGAACAUUAAAAAGACCAAGAAAGAGAAUUCUGCUUUUGAAAACUCCAUGUUUUUCUGACCAAUCCCAUGCUCCCACCGUCCACCUACUCUUCCACCUUCACCCCACCAACACACUCAGUCUCCCCCUUCAAUAUAUCAUAUCAUAUAGUAUAUAUAAUCACACACAUAUACACAUGAUUUAAACAUCCAUCACACAUUCACUCGCCAUUAAAGCUCCAAAUCACAUCCACUACCUUCAUCAGAAACACGAUCUUUCCACUCUAAUGGCUGCUACUUCAGCUUUGCAAUCAAUCCCUUCGUCUCUCAAGCUAUUACGCACCACCGGCGUAACCACCGCCGCUGCUCCUAACCUCCUGUCGUUCAAGAACUCUACAAACUCAGUUUUCUCUCAUAAACUGAUUGCCACACCCACACCCACAGCGAAUGCCUCCGGCAGCCGGAGAUGGUUUAGUGUGAAAAGUCAAAGCAACCCAUCGGAUUCUUCAAGACCCACGAAAGUGCAAGAACUGUCUGUGUAUGAGAUCAACGAGAGAGAUCGUGGGAGUCCUGCUUAUCUCCGAUUGGGUCAAAAGCCUGUGAAUUCCCUCGGUGAUCUUGUUCCGUUUACCAUUAAAGUGUACAGUGCGGAUCUUCAGACCAGAUUGGGGAUCACCGCCGGAAUAUGUAUUCUGAUCAAGAACAUGCCGGAGAAGAAAGGUGACAGGUACGAGGCUAUUUACAGCUUUCACUUGGGGGAUUACGGACAGAUAGCGGUGCAGGGUGCGUACCUAACGACGGAGGACACUUACCUUACUAUUACCGGAGGCACCGGGAUCUUCGCCGGAGCUUAUGGUCAAGUCAAGCUUCAGCAGCUAGUGUUUCCUUUCAAGCUAUUCUACACUUUUUACUUGCAGGGUUUGUCUUGUGAUCUUCCAUCGGAGUUGCUAGUCACCCCUGUUCCUCCUUCACCUGCGGUGGAGGCGUCGCCGGCGGCCAAAGCAGCGGAGCCUGGGGCCACAAGCACUAACUACACUGAUUAAAGUAAUAAUGGUGAUGGGUACUACUGAGAGGUACCUUAGCUUUGUUGUAGUUAGAAGAGUUUUUUAGUGAGUUGGAGACAGUGCAUGUGAGUUGUUCUUUCAGCUUUAUGAUUUGUACUUUUGAGGGGUAAAAAUAAAAAUUCAGGCAUUGUGAUUCGAGAGUGUUGUCUAUCAUGGGAUGAGAUUUUGGCAUAAGGUGAUUAAUAGUGAAAUAUUUGUUGGAUUGAUAGUUUCCAUUUAUGUUGCACACUUUCUGAAAAUAGCAACUUGAGUUACUAGGUGGUGAGCAUGUUGUAUACUACAUAUUACUGGCAGUCUGGCAAUAAUUAUUUUACUUCUGUAAAAA